CCCAUAUACCAUCGGAUAAGCCGGUGGCUUCCUCUCCCGCUUUCCUCCCGUUUCGCUCCCCACCACCACUCUCCCCACCGCAAUCCAUCAAAAUUGAUGGCUCUUUCUCUCUCGUCGCCGCCCUUCAAGACCCCCGCUCUCCUCCACCACGGGAGCCCCCGGACGUAUCUCUCUCCUCUCCUUGGGACCCGUCGUCCCUCCGUCUCCUUCUCCCCCUCCUCCGAUCGCCCCCUGCGCCUUCGCUUCCACAGACUCCACAGCCAGAGACUCGUCGCCUCCGUCGGAAAGGAGGAGACGGAGCUCCGCGUCGCCGGCGAUGAGCUGUCCGACGCUAGUCCCGAGGACCUCGCAUGCGUUCGAGAGAUUCAAAGAGUUUUGGAGCUGCUCAAGAAGAACAGAGACAUGCUCUUUGGUGAGGUUAAGUUGACAAUACUGAUUGAGGACCCUAGAGAUGUUGAACGUAAGAGAUUGCUUGGAAUAGAGGACCCAGAUGACGUCACCAGGGAGGACUUGGUUGCUGCCUUGGAAGAUGUGAAUGAAGGGAGGAUUCCAAAAAACCGUGUAGCACUUCAGUUGCUUGCAAAGGAGAUGACUGAAUGGCCUGAUCUUGAGGUUGAAGCAUCAAAGAAGAGUAGGCCUAGCAAAUCUCUUUAUGCGAAGGCCACAGACACAGGAGUUGAUCCAGAAGUAGCUGCAAAGAGGCUUGAUAUAGACUGGGAUUCGGCUGCUGAUAUCGAACUUGAAGAAGAGGAGGUUGAGAUUGAAGUGCCACCAGCAGUGGGAUAUGGCGCUCUCUACUUGGUGACUGCAUUGCCAAUUAUAAUUGCUGUCUCGGUUAUACUAAUCCUGUUCUACAAUUCUCUGCAGUAGUAAUUUGGCACAACCUUUUGUCGUAAAGUCAACUGCUGCCAACUAGAUUAGCAGCAGAUUGAGUACUGCAUUCUUUUUCGACGACAUAUUAUUUGUACUAGAAUUGUGUUUUUCCUUUCUCCCCUCUUCCCCCCCCCCACCCCCCCUCUUGUCCAGCCAUGUAACUAAAAGCUCAUAUUGGCUUCGGCUUCCGAUGCCCAAACCAGGUAAAGUCUCAUUCUGUUAUGUGUGCAUUUUAUACUCUCCCUUUCUGAAAGGAAAGAAGAUUUAUAGCACAUGCAGACAAAUGGAUUUCAGAGGUGAAAAAAAAUUAUUGACAGAUGGGAUAGUAUGAGAAGUUCUUAGAGGCAUUUUGUUAUUUGGGACUACACUACGCAUGAAGAGGAAGGAGUCACCCCGAGUUCAUUGCUCCGGUGUCUGCAUGAGGCAAAAUGCUGGCGCUCUGCUCUUAUCUUAGCACCACAGACAUACUGUACUGAAGCAAUCAAGUGCUGCAGUUGCUGUUGUCUCGUCAGCCAUUCCCCCUUUCCUUGGCAUGUGAGCAUUCCUCAACAAAAUGUGCAAGCCAAGGGCCUACCAAGGCUGCUGCUGACAGAGUAGGAGACCAAACACUUGGGCGGGCGAAGACAUCAAGAUGAGCCAGUGUUUAUGGUUGUCUCCCCCUCAUUAAUGCUGAAUUAAAUCGUGUUCACCUUCUUUGUAUGAAAGCUGAUAAGAACAGAUACGAUGAUUAGUGUCGUGAUUAGAUGUUUUCCAACCUCAAGAAACUCGGUGGAAGUGUGCAAUUUAAUGCGACUUAUCGAUAAA